GAUUCCCCUUCCACUUGCCAUGUUAGGUUCUGGGUCCCUCUUCCGGGGAUGAUUGGUCCCCGUAAAAUCCCUCGGAACUAGGGGAGCUUCUCACUUCUCCCUUCUACUUCACAAGUUUGUCUGUAGCUUGAAUCUUAGAGAGUCUCUGGGUUUUAGGGCCUGGGUUUUGUUUUUGCUCUCGGAGAAGAAUGUACUGUGAUUCUCGGGAGGUUCUAGUGGAGUAAACAUUCUCACUUGGAAGGUGAGUUUCUUGUUGCUGGGGUUGUCUGUUUAGGGGCGUAUUGCAAUCUUUGGCUUUCAAGAUUGAAUUUUGCAAGGUCAUUUGCAGAUUUUAGGAAUUGGGUUUGGUUGUGGAUGGAAAAUAAGAGCACAGAUGGGAUGUUUCUUGGUCUGUCUUAGAAUCUUGAGAGUGUCUCGGCUUUCUUGAUGGUCUUUUAGUUCAUUUACUCUCCUGUUGCUAGAGGCUGGUUUUGCAAUUUUGGGGUCCCAGGUUGUUUGAGAUCAGAAUUCGAAAUUUGUCACUUCAGUGGUUUUCUGUGGGAUAGGAGAAUGUUUGACAGAGGCUUCACAGUGUCUUUGCCCGCAUUGAAUUACCCGGCUCGGACAUUCGGGUUUGUUAGUACGCACGGAGCACUGUAUAAGAGAAGAUCAAAUCCAGAUUUAGCUGUACCACCAUCUUCCGUUCUUUUUCAAACUGAAGAGAGUGAUAAUUUACCAGAAUUACGGAAGAACCAAAAUUCAAACUUUGCUUCAGCGAGUUGUGGUUCUUCUGCUUCGAUGCUCAGUCAAGCAGAUUCGGUGGGCAUAAUUGGAGGAGUAUCUGUUGAAUCAAGCCUGAACUUUGUGAGAAAGCUAGUGAAUUGGAGUACAAAAGUCGGAGAAAAUUGCCUUCCUUUUGUACUUUGCUCUGACCCGGUUUUGCAUCAGGAACUGUUAUCACACGAAAGAAGUUCAUUUCCUUCGAUAAGCUGUAAAAGUGAAGUUUCCAAGAUGGACCAUAAACUGAUUGUGGAAAACCUGUGCCAGAAGCGCGUCUUUCUUGAGAAAUCAGGAGCUCGAUGCAUAGUAAUGCCUUGUCAUAUUUCGCAUUCUUGGCACGAUGACAUAAGUCAUGGAUGUUCUGUUUCCUUCCUUAACAUGGCUGAGUGUGUUGCUAAAGAGCUUAGUGAAGUGAAAAUGAAGCCACUUGAAGCUGGAAGCCCUCUUCGGAUCGGUGUGCUUGCCACAAGUGCAAUUCUAGAGGCAGGAUUUUAUCAGGAAAAACUGGAAAAUGAGGGAUUUGAGCUCGUGUUGCCGGAUAAAGCAACAAUGGAGCACACUAUAGUUCCUGCAAUUGAAGCUUCGAACAGAGAGGACAUGGAAGGGGCUAGAAAUCUUUUGAGGAUCGCCCUUCAGGUUCUCCUAGUAAGGGCGGUGAACACUGUCGUCCUUGCGUCCGAUGACCUGCGAGACAUUUUGCCUCAAGAUGACCCUCUUCUUAAGAAGUGCAUAGACCCCAUCGAUGCAUUGGCCAGGUCAACUAUCAAGUGGGCAAAGGCCGUUGAAAGACGUUCUUUAGAUUAGAUAGAAAAUUGAAUACUUGUAUGUGGUCAAUGCUUGUUUUUCGUUGAAAACCUCUAUAGUUUAUUUAUUUCAUCGAUUGAUAUCGUGUACAGGGAACUUUGGCGACAAGAACUAGUUACUACAUUAAUCUUUAGCUAUUGUGUCAAUUAAAGAGAGAGUCAACAUUGUAAUUCAUUUAUGAACAGGUUGCUUUCGAGUAAGCUAUUGGUAGUUCCCUCUGUUA